AUGUGGCUUCCAAAGAAAAAAGAAAUAGAGAAGACAGAAGGAAAUGGGAUAGUUGCAGUUGCCGUUAACAAUGACAAAGGGAGCCAACAAGCUCUCAAAUGGGCUACUGACCAUCUUCUUUCCAAGGGCGAAACUCUCGUUCUAAUCCAUGUUGUUAAAAGAGCAUCCUCAUCUGCAUCUGUUAUGACUUUUGUAUGUACAGAUGGGGGAAAACGUGCUGCCAUUUGUGAUAGCAACGAAAAAACUGCCUCACUGCACAGACAACAACUUGAGCAGCAAAAUAGGGAUAUAUUCUUUACCUACCACUGCUACUGUACUCGUAAAUAUAUACACUGCCUCGAUGUCUUACUCGAAGACACAGAUAUAGGAAAAGCAUUAACAGACUAUGUUGCCCAUGCUGCAAUAGAGAAGUUGGUUCUUGGUGCUCCGCGGCAUGGAUUUUUGAGAUUCAAGUCAUCAAGCAUUCCAAGCACUGUAUCAAAAGGGGCACCAGAUUUCUGCUCCGUAUAUGUGAUCCCAAAAGGGAUCCACCUCUCUUCAGUGCGAAAAGCAUCUCGUCCAGCCCCCCAUACUUCCCCACUACUUGAACAUAUUAAGAAACUAAGUGCCAAAAGCAUUGAAACUUCUGCCACUCUCUCCAAACUUACAAUGAACUUAAGAGGUUUGCGCAGCUUGAAAUUUGAAUGCCAUUUCCUUUCAUUACAUGACUGGCCUCAUUAUUAUGGUGAACACAGGCAGCCCUUCACAAAAGGAGGAAGAGGGAAGAAUUCAAAGGCCUAUUCGGAAAUUCUAGAAUCAGAUAAUGAUAUAUCAUUUAUAAGCAGUGAGAAGCCAAGCACUGAAAAGAUGUUUCCUACAGUCUUCAAUUUUACUGAUUCAGGCCAAACCUCUCAGCUUUCAACUCAAUCAAUCUAUUUAGAUUCCAAGGUCAAUGACCUCAGUCGUUUGGAUUAUUUCUCAUCAAGUUCACAGGAGAGUGGUAGAACAUCUUGUUCAGGGUCAUCCCAAAAUUUGGAUGAUGAGGAAGCUAAGAUGAGGAGACUGAAGCUGCAGCUGAAGCAAAAAAUGGACAUGUACAGUGCUGCAUCCAGAGAGGCAUUUAAAGCAAAUCAAAAGGCAAUGGAGCAUCAUUGGAAACUUGCAGAAGAGUGGAAGUUAGAUGAGGUAAGACUAGGAGAGGAAGCUGCACUGUCAAUAGCAGAGAAAGAGAGAGCUAGGUCCAAGGCAGCUCCAAAGAGGAUUGCAGAGUUGGGGACACAAAAAAGAGCAAAUGAAAAAAUCAAAGCCCACAAAGAAGCAGAGCAAGCUAGGUGGGCAUUGGAUAAUCUAGCCCAAAGUGAUCUCAAAUACAGGAGAUACACAAUUGAGGAGAUUGAGAAGGCAACAAAUUUCUUUUCUGAAUCUCUUAAGAUUGGGGAAGGAGGUUAUGGCACUGUGUAUAGGUGUUACCUUGAUCAUACACCAGUCGCAGUCAAGGUUUUACAUCCAGAUGCUGCUCAAGGGAGAUCACAAUUUCUGCGAGAGGUAGACAUACUUGGCUGUAUAAGACAUCCCAAUAUGGUACUCCUUCUAGGAUCCUGUCCCGAGUUUGGCAUCCUAGUCUAUGAAUACAUGGCUAAUGGAAGUUUAGAUGACUGUCUCUUCCGGGAAGGAAACACUCCAGCCCUCUCUUGGCAACUCAGGUUCCGAAUUGCUGCAGAAAUUGCCACAGGCCUGCUCUUCCUCCAUCAGACCAAGCCAGAGCCAGUACUGCACUGUGACCUCAAGCCAGGAAACAUUUUGCUAGGCCACAACUACGUCAGUAAGAUUAGUGAUGCUGGAUUGGCCAGGUUCGUACCUGCUGUAGAUGAAAAUGUAACAGAGUUCCACACGACCUCAACAGUUGGAACCUUCUGCUAUAUUGAUCCAGAAUAUCAACAAACAGGAAUGCUUGAUGUAAAGUCUGAUAUCUACUCCCUAGGAAUCAUGCUUCUGCAGUUGAUAACAGCCAAGCCACCAAUGGGCCUGGCUUACAUUGUUGAACAGUCUAUUGAGAACGGUUCAUUCACAGAGAUGCUAGACCCAGCUGUGCUUGAUUGGCCAGUUGAAGAAGCAUUGUGCUUUGCAAAGCUAGCACUCCAAUGUGCAGAACUCAGACGGAAAGACCGGCCAGAUCUUUGCAAGGAAGUAUUGCCAGAGCUCAGUAGACUGAGAGAACUAGCUGAAGAAAAGAUGAACUAUAUCCUCUAACACAGCAGUU